UAUUCAGUUAACCGUCGUGUAAAUUAGGUUUCCGGUAAUUAGUACAAUCCACUAUUUUAGUACAAAAAAUCAAUUACAACUAUACGCCGUGUCAAUUAAAUUUAUAGUUAACUUAUCGAAAUAAUUUCCUUAAUAAAGUGCGAAACGCAAGUAGAACAGCAAUUUCAAACCGCCUACUCUAGCAUUGCAGACAUACGGGAUAUUUCUCAAUGCGCCGCUGACCCGCUCCGAACUAUUGUCACCAAAACAAUGUUGUCCCACCGCGGAGGAAAUAAUAAACAAUUAAUAUAAACACGAUUAGAAACGCCCACUUCCAGUUUACGCAGCAUACUACUCCCGCGUACACGUACUAAGAUGAUUCGUGUGAUACUCUUGUUGUGUUUUAUUUCACGUGUUUUGACAAUGCGAUCGCAUCAUCAAGUGUACGUUUCGAGGAAGUCUAGAUCAAAUUCCGUACCUACAAACGCUGGGUAUGUUUACAGUCAAUUCAACAACGAUCCAGCAUCGUUCUCUACGUUUGGAUACAGCGCGAGAGAUGAUUCGUCUGGUGAAUCGCUUGAGAGGUACAACCCUUUGGAACUAAAACAUUCAGUACAAUACAGUGCACCGAUCGCAGCAAUGAAGUCUGUUGGCGAUCAUGUUUAUACUACACCAUCAACGUCGCAAUAUGGAGUGGAUUACGAAAUAGCGAAAUCUGAAGCGAAGUAUAACUCCAAGUUUAUGCCGUCGAAGUUAAAAACUGAUGCCAUGUAUGAAAGGUUGAAAUCUAUUAUGCACUAUCAUCCACCAGUUGACUCGGGGUAUAUGACUACAUAUGGACACAAUGAGUACAACGUAGACGAUGACGAUGUAAGAUCCAAUUCUAGAAGCUCGUACGAUAAUUGGCCUUACUACUACCACAGUCCUUACGAAUACGAGCAUAUGAAAAUUGAUUCCGAAAUCGAAAAGGCCAAAGACAAACGUUAUGCCGCAGACUCUGCCAGAGUAAGCAUACCAGUGCAUGAAGACUUAGACGGCGACCCUCAUAACACGUUUGGACCUUUGACAACUGAGAGGUACAAUCCAGCCAGAGACAACCCUAUCAUAGGCGAUCAACCAUUCUUUUCUUUUGUCUUGAACGAUUACUUCGAUAGAAGCAAAGAAGAUGACACGUUUAUUUUUAAAGGUCUUGAUUGGGGCAAGGAUUUCGAUCAUGGUUCAUCUGCACCCGAAUUAGAUGAUUAUUUGAGAAGAACGAGACGGUUAGAAAGCAAUUAUGACUGGAAACCAAUGCCGUACUAUAAUGAUGGAACAUUGGAUUCCUUAUUAAGGCGUCCAUAUGAGGGUAUAAAAACAGCGCAAGGCGAAGGAUCUACUCAAAAUCUAGAUGAUAAACAACAUGAAUACAAUAAUCACGAAACAGGGAAUCAUGAAGUCGAAAAUCAUAAAACUCAACAUCAACAUGCUGGGAAUAAACACGAAGGAUUCAAAACGUUUGCAGAUGCAUUCGCCAAAAAAUUCGGAUCUGAAGAUCACAAAAAAGAUUCGACAUACUUGAUUAAAAGAAAUCAAGACAAAGGAGAGAAAAAGAAAGGAUUCCGCAGAGUGUAUCAUAAGAAUGAAUAUCAAGAAGAAGAUGAGUUUUAUGACAACAAUAAUAGCAGCGCUAAGGCUGAAGAAAAAGGGUCUUCAAAUACACAAAUCGGUGGAAUAGAAGAAUCGGCUCAGGGUCAUGCAGUUGGAGAAAUAAAAAAUGAAUCAAGUGCAUUUAAUAAAGAUAGAAAUACAGAUAAAAAUAUAUUUAAAAAUAACCAUCAACGCUAUGGAUCAGUUAAAGGAUUAGAUAAACAAUUUAAUAAAUACAGAGAUGUAGCCAAAAAAGCAGCUCAAAGCAACAAUGCUGAUUACCAUGAUAAUUUUAGAAGUUAAUGAAGAGUGCUGUUUGUGUGUUUGUUAAUAUUUUGUAUAUUUGGGAUUUUUCAAAGACUUGAGUAACCAGCACGAAAAUGUAGGUAAUGCAAUUUUAUCGUGUUGUUAGAUUAUAUUUUGUACACAGUAUGUUUUUAAUAAACGCAGAUUUUCAAUGAAUUUGUGUUGUAAUUUUUAUAAGCCUGUAUAAGAUGUUCAAAGAUCUAAUAUUAAAUAUAAAAAUAUUC